CGGACCCGCGCGAGUCUUGUGCAGGCUCGCAUUGGCCUAUUUCUUUACCCUUAUCUCCUCAUUCCCCAACCUCCCGCAGUAGACCACCACCACCAACACACCUCUCCCGCCCCAAAACCUACGCUGCGCCGUGCCGCCGCCCUGCGAGCCCGCUCCAAAACACCGCGUCUCAAGCCUGUCUCAUGCGAGUUGGUCUCUAUGACUGGUUGUAUUGAUGCAUCUUUGAUCACUACUCUCGUAGAGCGUUGGCGUCCUGAUACAUCGACCUUCCACAUGCCGGUUGGUGAGGUUACGAUUACUCUUGAGGACGUUGCACACUGA